AUGAGGUCUGGGAAGCAUUUAAAAAACCUCGCGAGGUUUCCGUCGAAAUCACUCGUAAGUGUCAGAUUUGCCACCACUGCAUUGAAACCGUUGCCUUCGACGUACACUGUGAACGAUUUCAAUUCAAGGUAUGAAAUUGACAAUUAUGCCCAUAUCAUAAAGCCUGAGCAUGUCUUUGGCAGCGUCGCAGCCAAGGAGAAGGAGGGAGGUGAAGAAACUCCUGCCGAAAAGGCCCCAGAGGAGAAAGUUCCUAAAGACAAGGAGGAGAAGGAAGACAAGAAGGUUCCGGAGGAAAACAACGAGAAGAAUGAUGAUGUUGAGACCAAGAUAGAGACAACCGAAGCAGAGAAUGAGGGCAGCAAUGUUCCACCAUCAGCUCCGGCAGGUGGUGCACCUGCUGGAGGUGCACCACCCACACCUCCUGGAACCCCUCCAAACGGUGGCGAUGAUCCAAAGGACCAGAAACUUGUUCCAAACGAAGUCACUGGCAUGUACCCACCAUUAUUGGCCAUCCCCAUGAAAGAUCGUCCACCUCUUCCAGGUAGGCCAUUUGCAAUUAAUAUCACCGACGCCGAAGUUAUCAGAUCCAUUUACACUAUUAUAGACAAACGUGAGCCUUACUUCGUUUUGUUCCACGUAAAGGACCAAGGUGAGGCCGAUACCGACGUGAUCAGAAACAAAGACUCUGUUUAUGACAUUGGUGUUCACUGUCAGAUUAUUAGACAUAACACUCUUAGGCCAGGUGUUUUCAAUGUCUUGGCUUACCCUCUCGAAAGAUGUAAACUCGAGAGCUUGUCCACUCCACAUGACAAGAAACCAGCGGAAGAAGCUAAGAAGGACGAGGAAAAUUUCCCUACUUCAUACUUGAAGGGUCUUAAGGUCUCUUACGCUACUGUGAAGCCAGUCAAGGAAGACCCCUUUGACAAGUCUUCCACCGAGAUCAAGUCAUUGGUGGAGGCAUUGAAGACCCUUUUGAGUAAAAUGGGAGGUAAAAAUCCUCUUCAAAAAUUACAAAUCAAAGAAAUCACUGAUUUGGUGAAUGACCCUCCCAGGUUUGCUGAUUUCGUUGGUUCAACUAUUCAUGGUGAUCCUAAGAAGAUUCAGGAUAUUUUGGAGUCGCUCGAUGUCGAAGCAAGAUUAUCUAAAGCUUUGGAGUUAUUGAAGGUUGAGAUUAAGGCGAACCUGAUUAAGGAAAGCACAAUUCACAAUUUGAGCAGCAAAGCUGAUGAACACCAAACACGUUUAUUCCUUAAGGAAUUUAUCAGAGAAUUGCAAAAGCGUGCUGGCUUAAGUGACUCCGAAGACAAGAAAACUCAAAAGUAUGAUGAACGCCUCCAGCAUUUGAAAAUGACUGAGGAAGCAUUGGAAGCGUACUAUGCUGAGAAAUCCAAGAUUGACAACCAAAGUGAACACUCAAGCGAAGUAGGUGUGAGUGAAAGAUACUUAGACUGGUUAACUUCUAUUCCAUGGGGUAUCUACUCCAAGGAUAGAUUCAAUGUCAAGCAAGCAAGAGAAAUCUUGGACCGUGACCAUUAUGGUUUGAAGGAUGUCAAGGACAGAAUUUUGGAAUUUAUCUCAAUGGGUAGAGUUAGUGGCAAAGUUGAUGGUAAAAUCUUAUGUUUGGCCGGACCUCCAGGUACUGGUAAGACGUCCAUUGCUAAGUCUAUUGCUGAAUCUUUGGAUCGUAAAUACGUGAGAAUUGCUAUGGGUGGUAUUCAGGAUGUUCAUGAAGUUAAAGGUCACAGAAGAACAUACGUGGGGUCUAUUCCAGGUAGAAUCAUUUCUGCAUUGAAGCAAGCCAAGACUUCGAAUCCAUUGAUGUUGAUUGACGAAAUCGAUAAAUUGGACUUGAGUAGAAGUGGAGGUGCUGCUUCUGCAUUCUUAGAAAUUUUGGAUCCCGAGCAAAACAACGCCUUCGUUGAUAAUUACAUUGAUGUCAAGGUUGAUUUGUCUAAAGUCUUGUUUGUCUGUACCGCUAACUACUUGGGCAAUAUUCCUGCUCCAUUGAGAGAUCGUAUGGAAAUUAUUGACGUUCCAGGAUACACUAACAACGAAAAGAUUGAAAUUGCUAAAAGACAUUUGAUUCCUGAAGCCACCCGGAAAGCCGGUUUGGAUGAAGGUAGAGUCCUCAUCAAUAGCGACACUAUUUCUAGAUUAAUUGAGAAGUACUGUCGUGAAAGUGGUUUAAGAAACAUCAAAAAGUUGAUCACUAGAAUAUUCAGCAAGGUUUCUUUGAAAAUUGUUGAGCAGGUUGAAGGACUUGAGGAGAAGGAAAAAGCUUCUGAAGCAAAGGAACCCGUAAAAUCUGAGUCUGAAGACAAGCCUGCCGCGCCAAAGACCAAGGAAAUUAAAGAAGAAAAGACUGCUACUGUGGAAAAGACCGAUGCUGAGGAAACAGAGGUCUCCAAAGAAAAUGAAGAAAAUGAAGAAACGGAAGCUGAAAAAGAAACUGAAGAGGAACCUGAGAAAUUGAAGAUCCCAGAUGAUAUCAAGUUGGAAAUCACUACUGAAAACUUGAAGGACUUCGUUGGCCCUGAAAUCUACACUCGUGAUCGUGUCUAUGACGUUCCUCCACCGGGUGUUGCUACUGGUCUUUCAUACAGCACUUCAGGAAAUGGUGAUGCACUUUACAUUGAAUCUAUUCUUACCAACUCAAUCAGUUCUGGCACUGGACAUUCAGGAAUCAGUGUGACUGGUAGUUUGAAGGAUGUGAUGAAGGAGUCUGCUUCAAUUGCAUACUCAUUUGCCAGACUGUACAUGGUCAGACAGUACCCAGAAAACAGAUUCUUUGAAUCGGCUGAAAUUCAUGUUCACUGUCCAGAUGGUGCUAUUCCAAAGGACGGUCCUUCUGCCGGUAUAGCAUUUACUUCCUCUUUGGUGUCUUUAGCACUCAACCGCUCUUUGCCUCCAACCAUUGCCAUGACUGGUGAAAUCACUGUCACUGGUAGAGUUCUUGCAGUUGGAGGUCUUCGUGAAAAGAUCUUGGGAGCUAAGAGAUAUGGCUGUGACACUAUUAUCUUCCCUAAGGAUAUUGAAAAUGAACUUGACGAGAUCCCAGAAGAAGUCAAGGAAGGUGUCAAGUUUAUUCCUGUUGAAUGGUACCAAGAUGUGUUCGAUGUCAUUUUCCCAAAGGUGUCGCAACAAGAAGGAAACAGCGUGUGGAAGGAAGAGUUUUCCAAGUUGGACGCUAAGAAGAACCUGAAGAAGAAGUAA